AUGCAGCGGACAGCAAAAAUCGCCCUCUCAAUGUGCAUACUUAUUUCCGCAAUAGCUACCGCAACAUCCAGCAGCACGAAACUUCGUCGCGACGGUGUUUUGAACUUGUACCCAUUUCCUAGGGUCGGCCGUGCGCACCACACUUGGCAGGUGCCGAUCAAUGAUGAGUAUUUUGAAUCAGAGCUUGCUUCCAAACGUCAACUCUACGCAUUCCCUCGUGUCGGUCGCAGCGAUAGCAAUAGCGAGCACAGCCCGGAACCGUACCAGCCUCUGAAUCGUCUGAACGUUCGCUUGGAAGAGAUGCUGUUUGGUCAACCACGAAGCAACCUUAACAUGAAGCGCGAAAGUGAAAGCACCAGUGGUGGUAUGUGGUUCGGCCCACGAGUAGGCAGAUCUUACAAAUACGACGAUAUCAGCAGCCAUCAGGAAACAAGUGAUCAGGGUGACCCCGAAACAGAAACCGACCUUAUUGAACGUAAAAAGAGACAAACGAAACAAGCCUAA